UCUUCAGCGACCCGGUGACGCUGCCACCCACCCACUCACAUCGCAGGUGCUGCGGGAGUUGGAGGAAUGUCCGUCACUCUCCCUCUAUCCCUGCUUUUCUUGCCGUUUUUCUCCGUCUUUACCAUCGGUUCAGUUUUUUCUCCCCCCGAUAGUCUCCCCCCCUUCCCAUCCUCGCCUCAGAGCUUUGAGAGGACCAUGGACCUGAGCUCUGUCUGCUGUGAGUAAUCUGCUGAUGCUGCGUCUUUGUCGUACAUCUGCGUGGAAGCGGUGCGAUGUGGAGGUGAUUUUCAGCAUUCAGACAAACCAGUGUGUUAGGACGCACCCCGCUGACUGUCACUGGGUAGCCCAUGCACGUGCACGACACCAUGGGUAGCUCCCCCGAGGUGCUUUCGUGGACGCCCUGCCCCAGUCUCUUGGUGGGCAAACUGAAAGAGGAGCUCAAACUCACCGUGGUCGGGGACAACAUGAAGAACUCAAACGCGCCCAACUCUCAACCUCAGCCUCCUCAGGCGCCUCCUCUCAACCUACCUCCUCAGAUUAUCACGGACCUCGCCCCGCCGACGCACCUGCCCGUCCCCCUGCAGACCCUGCAGACGCCCGUUCAGGACGAGGACUCAUUGCUGGGGGGUGUAACUCCCCCGAACAUAGCCUUGAGCGUGGACUCAACCCGGAGCGAGGGCGGACACUUUGACAACAGCGUGCUCCAGCUGCAGGAGCAGAGCCACGAGGAGGCCGGGUCUCCGAACGCUCCCUGUGAGCACGGCUGUGGGAGUGUGACGGAGGAGCAGAUGUUAGACUGUCCAGCAGACUACAGUGAAGAGGGGGGGGAGACCCAACACCACCACCACCAUCCUCACCCCGAUGACAUCAAGCUGCACUUCCACAGAGCGGGGCCCGGCUCGGGGGGGUUCUUGGAGGGGCUGUUCGGCUGUCUACGACCUGUCUGGAACAUCAUAGGAAAAACGUACUCGACAGAAUACAAGCUACAACAGCAAGACAUGUGGGAGGUUCCAUUCGAGGAGAUCUCAGAGCUGAAGUGGCUGGGCAGCGGUGCUCAGGGCGCCGUCUUCUUGGGAAAUUUCCGCUCUGAGGAGGUGGCCAUCAAGAAAGUGCGUGAGCAGAAGGAGACGGACAUCAAACCCCUGAGAAAACUCAAGCACCCAAAUAUCAUCAGCUUCAAGGGUGUGUGCACCCAGGCGCCUUGCUACUGCAUCAUCAUGGAGUACUGUGCUCAGGGCCAGCUGUAUGAGGUGCUGAGGGCCGGCAGGAAGGUGACCCCCAGGAUGCUGGUGGACUGGGCCACGGGCAUCGCCAGCGGCAUGAACUACCUGCACCUGCACAAGAUCAUCCACAGGGAUCUCAAGUCUCCCAAUGUUUUGGUCACAUACAACGACACUGUGAAAAUCUCUGACUUUGGAACGUCCAAAGAGCUCAGUGACAAAAGUACAAAGAUGUCAUUUGCGGGUACGGUGGCCUGGAUGGCCCCAGAAGUGAUAAGAAAUGAGCCUGUGUCGGAAAAAGUAGACAUCUGGUCAUUUGGGGUCGUGUUGUGGGAACUUCUGACCGGAGAGAUUCCCUACAAAGACGUGGACUCAUCCGCCAUCAUUUGGGGUGUGGGCAGCAACAGUCUCCACCUUCCUGUCCCCUCCACCUGCCCGGAUGGCUUCAAAAUCCUCAUGAAACAAACAUGGCAAAGCAAGCCCAGGAAUAGGCCCUCAUUUCGUCAGAUCCUCCUACACCUCGACAUUGCUGCUGCUGAUAUCCUGGGAGCUCCUCAGGAGACCUACUUCAAGUCUCAGUCAGAAUGGAGGGAGGAAGUGAAGAAACAUUUUGAGAAGAUCAAAAGUGAAGGCACUUGCAUCCACAGGCUGGACGAGGAGCUGAUCCGACGCAGGAGGGAUGAACUCAGGCACGCACUGGAUAUCCGGGAGCACUAUGAGAGGAAGCUGGAGCGAGCCAACAACCUGUACAUGGAGCUCAGCGCCAUCAUGCUGCAGCUGGAGGUCCGCGAGAAGGAACUCAUGAAGAGAGAGUCGGCAGUGGAGAAGAAAUAUCCCGGAACCUAUAAGCGCCAGCUGGUCCGACCCAUCGUCAGGUCCAACGCUGUCGAGAAGCUCAUCAAGAAGAAGAGCAGCAUGUCCCACAAACCUGGGAUGCCCAACACCAAACGGCCGGACUUGCUUCGCUCUGAAGGCAUCCCGGGCCUGGACCACCUCCCCUCCCCCUCGCCUCUCUCCGCCAGCCCCAAGAUCUCCACCCCUCCCGGUAAAGCCCGCUACCGCAGCAAGCCUCGCCAUCGCCGCGCCAACAGCAAGGGCAGCCACAGCGAGUUCCCAGGCCUGCUGAGGCCUCUCACCGCAGCGUUAGAAGAGUCCCAAUCCCUCCAGGAGCAGCCGUUCCUCCAUCACCACCACCACCACCUCCCAACCACAGAGGGGCCUCUUCUCCCCCUGAAGGGCCGCGAGGAGGCCGUUGUCAACUGUGCCAACAACCUUCGUUACUUCGGCCCCGCAGCCCCUCUCCGCAGCCCUCAGACGGACCACCUGCAGCGCCGCGUCUCCGGCUGCAGCCCCGACCUCAUAUCCACCGCUGUGGACGCAAACACACGACAGCGGACUUCAUCCACCAGCACCAGCCUCGCUGCUGGUGCUGGUGCUGGGUCUCUGUGCCCCUGCUGCCAGGCCCAUCCCUUCCCCGGCUGCCUACACUGUCAGGAGACCCCUCCUGCGGCCAGCCACCCGGAGCUGCCUCACUACUCCCUGCUCAACACCCAGAAAGGCUCCGUGUCCUCUUUAGGGGCCCAGAGCAAAGACCCCACCUCGGACGGAGAGGCCGCAAAGAAAGCUGAGCCGCAGGAACAGCAGGCAUCCCAACGCACUCACAUCCUGGCCAGCGCCCUGCCCCGGACCCUCAGACCCCUCAGGAAGGGUGGGGAUGAGUCGUCUGAAGAGGAGGAGGGAGAGGUUGAUAGUGAAGUGGAGUUUCCACGGAGACAGAGGCCUCAUCGCUGUAUGAGCAGCUUCCAGUCCUACUCCACCUUCAGCUCAGAGAACCUGUCGGUGUCUGACGGGGAGGAGGGGAACACCAGCGACCACUCCCACAGCGGGCCCCUGGAGAGGCUGAGCACCAGCCAGGAGGAGCACCUGGACGAGCUGCUGUCCCACACCCCCGACAUCCCCAUCGACAUCUCCACCCAAUCAGACGGCCUCUCCGACAAGGAGUGCGCCGUCCGCAGGGUGAAGACCCAGAUCUCCCUGGGGAAACUGUGCUCCGACGAACACAGCUACGAGAAUCCACUACAGUUUGGGGACUCAGACUGUGAUACGUCUGAAGCAGAGUGCUCCGAUGCCACCAUCAGAAACAACAAAGCCCCUUCCUCGUGGUGAAACCCGCCCCCCAGGGCUUCAGCUUCUUUUUCAUGCCUUGAGGCCCUCGGGUCCCACUCUGCCCCGCAGAAGAUACAGCAAUAAGAGGACGACAUUGUAAACAAAGCUCCUUAAAGCAAAGCCCCAUGCAAUCUCUCCCAGAAAAAAAAGUUCCCUCUCAUCUCUAGCUCAGCAUCCAGGGAUCCCCCUUUUGAAUGAUAAUGUACAGUAGAACAUUCAUAAUUUAUUUUUGUCUGAGUUUUGAAGGAAAAUCUGUAAAUUCUCUGAAUCUGAACAGAUAAAAAAAAAAAAGGACAUUUUGAAAACUGAGCAUGGGCUUUGUAUGAUGAUGAUCCGAAAUACCCAACCAACAAGAACCUCCCCUUCUUACUAAAGAUCUACCUGCUUCAUGAUGAGCCCUGGUACCCUGCCUCUCCAACUUCCAUCCCCUCCCCACCAUGAUGAGUGAGGAAUGGGGAGCUUAUAAAAACACCAGCAUGAACAACCUGCUUAGCAACCGGACUCCUAGAAACCAUGUGUCCCCUCUGUCACCAGGGUCUCCUCUCUACUGUCCAGCAUGCCUGUGCAGCGCGCAAAAAAUGCACAACGCUGCCAGAGGACUGCAUGAAGUGCACAAGCUCUCAGUGCAACGAAGACAGACAGUUAAGGAGAUCAUAAAAAAAAAAGAAACUUCCUCACACAGCUCAUCCUCUUCGAGACAUUGUCAUCAUCAAUCAGGAGUUGUGAGAUGUUUAGGGAGGUUUCAGUGUGUAUGAAAACAGCCCUUUCCUUCUCCAUUAGACAUUACAGUUUCAAGUCUCAUCUCAGGAUUGUUCGAGGACUGUGAGAAACUGUACUGGACCAAAUAUUGUGUAGGGAUCCUCUUUAAGCGGCACAUACUACGGACCAUAUAGGAAUAUUAAAAAAGGGUCCUACAGAUAGCCUUGAUGUUCAACCUUUUAUUGCUGACGUUAAAUGUAAUGUAGAGAAGUAGAGCGUUUAAUUUGCUUUCCAGGUGCAGUAUCCCAUUUCUUGAAAUCCCUAGGUGCAGCAGUUCCAAUUUACCAUUUUUCUAGCAGGUUAAAACAAAUUGCUUUCUGUGCUGUCAUGGAUGAAACAGCAAUAAUGUAGGUUGGCGCUCAGGUGAGGAAGAAGGUACUUGCUCAGGAUCCGGGGCGUCUAGCAGGCUAGAUACAAGAGUAAAACAGCUUAGUAUGGAUGCUAUGUUUUUAAAUUGUCCACUUUUUAUGAACUCACUUUUAAUGCUCAGGGUUUGUGUUGUUGAGAGCAGAAGCAAUAUAUCAACAGCCACUAGAUGGCAGCAUUUAAAAACGGCUUACUUUUUCUUGUGUUUUGUAAAUGUCCUUUAAAAGUUCCCUCCACCGUCCGAAAUGUAGAAUCCCAGCAAUAUCACUAUUCUUGCCUCUGAAAAGGGAUACUGCAUCUGUGAGAGCUUUUUUUGAAAAAUAUUUUGUAUCCCUAUUAGAGUGUUUGUCAUCCUUAAGGAUUCUGCGUUUGAAAAAUAGCCAGCCAGGGUUGAAUUUAACGUUAAAGAUGUCAAGAUGUCAGCUCAUGUGUACGCUGAAUGCCGAGAUAAAGUGAGGAAUAAAAGCCAGAGACGAGGCCCCGGAGCAAUAAAGCUGCUCUUGGUUUUCAACAACCUCAUCUCAGUGUUAGUAACUCCUGUUGUAUAAACAUCUGUAAAUGUAAUGUAACCUUUCUUUGUCCUCUUCUGUCACUAGGACCAGCGCGACUGGUAAAAAACGAGCAGGAAGUUCUUUUAUCUGUGUUGUAUCAGUAUUGACAGAAGUUUGUGAGUCAUGAGAAGCGAGUAGCACAAGGCGAAUCUAAAAUUGUGCUGAUGGAUCAAUUCCCUUUUUUUGUUACUUAAAGGUAGGGUAGGUAAGAAUGGAGAAACCAGCUCGAGUGCGCUAGAAUUUGAAAG